AUGGAUAGGAAACAUUUAACCAUUAUCUUCCUAGCAGAUUCUGGAAAAUUGGAUGAAUUCAAAACAGAAACUGCUAAUGAUAUCAAACAAGUGCAUGGAGAAGUAAGCACUUUCAAAGUUGAUUUGGCAAAGAACAACAAUUUGAGUUCUUCUGUGUUAGAAACACUGGCAGAGCUCAAAAGAGAAAAUGCUAGAAUUGCCGAAGAUGUGAUGCAGAUCCUGGAUUCAGUACGUAACUUCACGGGGAUAUUCUGUACAACCUGUCCAGCUCAUUGGAUGAACUUUCAAAACAGCUGCUACUUCUUUUCUUUCAAAAGCAAACCCUGGAAGAUAGCUCAGCAGUUUUGUGAAGAUGAAGGUGCUAACCUGGUUAUUGUGAACAGUGGGAUAGAACAGAACUUUUUGGUAAAACAUAUGGGCAAUGACCAGGUGUUUUGGAUAGGCCUGACUGAUACUGACAAGGAAAACCAUUGGAUCUGGGUGGAUAAUACAACUUUAUCUGUGUCCUUUUGGGGGAAAGAUGAACCCAACAAUGCUGGAUCGGGUGAGGACUGUGCUACCCUUCGCUUCUCUGGGAAAUGGAAUGACGUCCCCUGCUCUAGAAAUGAACUCUCGAUCUGUGAAAAGAAGUGCUAGCCAUGCUCCUGUCCACGGCAGCCCAUUGCACCACUGCUAUUAUAUUAGUCUGGAGGUCUCCAGAAUCAUCUUCAUAUGACCCUUUUAAAGACCUUCAUCCUCCUCGUCUUCCCCCUCCCCCCCAGCUUUUAUGUACUCUCAUCUUGAAUAUUGACUACAUCUUUUGCAUUUCUCUUGGGGUUCACAAACACAGAGUCAUAGAGAAACAGUUGCAUGCAAAUAGGUCUUCCUUCCUUCAACGCAAGGGAACAACUGUUGCUUGCUUAAACUUUAUUUAAACUGCAUCUGUGAUCAGCUUCCUAUUGUGUCCCAAGGGAAUUGAAUGCACUGCUUGUAUGUGUAUGCUCUGAGGAUAUUUGCUACUUAACAUAAAAAGUUGAAAUAUGUUUUUAUAUUAUGCUAUUAUGAUUUUGUGUAUCUGGGGGCAGGGCGCUAAGACUUCCUUCUUCCACAUAUAUGUAAGCAGUGUUGCUUCCAUCCUGAUGGAGUAACAGGUGGAGAAAAAUAUGCUGUUGGAGGUAAAACCACAGAAAACUCUUGCUCCUAAAGAUUUCAUGUCUCUUCUCUCUGCUUUCCACCUCAGCCUCUGCUGCAGUUAAGUGGCACCUUCAUUCAAGGAAAACUAUUUUUAAUCAGCAUUUAUCCACAAUAUUUGCAAAUCAAAUAUCUUGGCAUUAGCUGCCGAAACUGUGCUUGUUCUCAAUUAUGCUCAAACAAGUUUCACAUACAAUUCUCUCCUCUGAACUAUUUUUUUGUUUUACUCAGAAAAUAUGUACAAGGGUAUAAACCAAUAAAUCAAUUAAAACAGAGAAUGCAUGUUGGUGAAAAAUCAUUACAUUUCAA